AUGAAACGUACAUUUAAUAUGAUUCAAAAUACGAAUAGCUCGAAUUCAAAACCGAAUAUAACACUCGAAGGUAUACUAGUGGCAGUGUCAGAUAUUUCUGAUAAUCAAACUGAGAAGAAAGGCAAAUAUUGGACAGCAUUACUUUGCGAUGUAAAUCAGAAUAUCAAUCGAAUAACAAAAUACUUGUCAUCAAAAGCAAAUUGUUCCCUUCAUGUAAAAAUGAUCGAACAUUUAAAUAAUCAACAUGGCGUUCGACUCAAUAAAUUAAAGCAUGAUGGUGAUAAUACAUACGUUGCAACAACUGAAACCAUUGCAACACCAACACUCUUAACAUUAACACCUUUAUGUACUAAAACCAGUACGAUUAAAAAUAUCGAGUCCAUGUCCGAUGGUGAACAUGUAUCAUUUGCAUGUAAAAUAAUCGAUAUUGGUUCUGAUGAGACUGUUUUGUUCAAUAAUGGACUAAAACGUAUACAAAAAUUAAAGAGAACUACAUUGGUAGCUGAUGAAACUGAUUCUAUAACCAUGAAUAUUUGGGAAAAUCAAUUUAAUAUGAUAAAGAAGGAUCUAUCAUAUUUAAUUAAAUUAGCAAAAGUCAAAAUUUUCAAUGAUAAUAUUUCGAUAACAACAACAACACAUACAACGUGA